AUGAGCGAUCUCGACAAGGCUAUUGCGCAGCUGCGCGCUUGUCGACCUAUUCCAGAACCUCAAGUGCGAGAGCUGUGCCACCGUGCAAGAGAGCUGCUAAUUGAGGAGGGCAAUGUCGUCACGGUGACAGCUCCGGUUACGAUUUGCGGCGAUAUUCAUGGCCAAUUCCACGACUUGAUGGAACUGUUCCGCGUUGGCGGAGAUGUUCCUGAUACCAACUAUCUGUUUAUGGGCGACUUUGUCGACCGAGGUUUUUAUUCUCUCGAAUCAUUUCUUCUUCUGCUAUGCUUAAAAGUACGAUACCCCGACCGCAUGACUCUUAUCCGCGGCAACCACGAGUCCCGCCAAAUCACCACAGUUUACGGCUUCUACGACGAAUGCCUACGGAAGUACGGCAGCGCAAACGUAUGGCGCUACUGCUGCGAUGUAUUCGAUUACCUGGCCCUUGGAGCCAUUGUCCUCGGCGCAUCCAACACUCUGUGUUCUUCUUCAGGCACUGCCGACGAAGAGACCGAGAUUGAGGUCUGCGACCAAAAUGGUGCCAUCAUGAGCCGAUUCCCGCGACAGCAGGCACAGCAACCGUCUUCCCAGCCCAGCAGUUCGCAGGAACAAGGCGCUAAUGGCAGCGGCGCAGGCGGAGGCGAAAGGACCGGACCCCCUGGCUCAGGUGCCUCUGGCUCGAGCAACGGCACCGUGGGCAACCCAGCAGGAGCCGUGCUCUGCGUCCACGGCGGCCUCAGCCCCCUGAUUGACACGGUCGAUAAGAUCCGCCUCAUCGAUCGGAAGCAAGAGGUGCCACACGAAGGUGCCAUGUGCGACCUGCUCUGGUCCGACCCGGACGAUAUCGACGGCUGGGGAUUGUCCCCGCGCGGCGCAGGGUUCCUGUUUGGCGCUGAUAUUGUCAAAGUCUUCAAUCAUCGCAACGACCUGAGCCUCAUUGCCCGCGCUCACCAGCUCGUAAUGGAGGGCUUCAAAGAGAUGUUUGACGCCUCCAUCGUGACGGUCUGGUCCGCACCGAACUACUGCUACCGCUGCGGCAACGUAGCUGCCGUGCUGGAACUCUCCGAAGACGAAUCCGGCACGGGCGUCUUCUCCCGAAGCAACGGCGACGUUAACCGCAGCGACGGCGGACGGGGAGUAAUGAUGGAGUCUAACGCCAUGAUGAAGAGCGGUCCGGCGAGACGAUACCGUGUCUUCCAGGCCGCUCCUCAGGAUUCGAGGGGUAUGCCCGCCAAGAAACCCGUCGCAGAUUACUUUUUGUAA